AUGAGAGGCUCUUCAGAACCGCUGUCCCCUAGCCACGAGCCCGACCCCCCUGAGGGAAACACUGACUAUUGGCGAGACGAGCCUUUCUAUACCGGUCUCUCGCAUGGCUGCACAUCUACUGAAGCUGAUGUGUGGUUAUACAAUGGCACCCUCUAUGUCGGCCAUGAUCAAUCCGCCCUGACAGCGUCGCGAACUCUUGAAUCCUUGUACAUCAAUCCGAUUCUGGACGUCCUGGAGCGCCAGAAUCCUGAGAGUCCAUUCACAUCAUCGCCUAGUAAGAAUGGCGUGUGGGAUACUGUUCCCGACCAAACGCUUUACUUCUUCAUUGAUGUGAAGACGUCCGGGCCCGAAACGUUUAAGGCUGUGAUUGCCGCUUUAGAGCCUCUGCGAGAGAAAGGCUAUCUUACCACCGUCAGGGAUGGCAGGACCGUUACCAAUGGGCCCGUCACUAUCAUUGGUACGGGAGAGACACCCUUCGACAUGGUUGCGCCCAUCAAAGACCGAGACUACUUUUUCGAUGCGCCUCUUGCGGAUCUCAAUGAUCCCAAGUACGCCGAUGUCACUGGCGUUAUCUCACCCGUUGCUUCAACAAAUUUCCAGGAAGCCGUCGGCAAGAUAACUGUCGAUACGGAUCCAAUUCUCUCCGACGACCAACUCAAAGCUCUCCGAGAACAAAUUUCCACAGCAAAUGAGCGUGGGAUUGGUGCCAGAUAUUGGAACACACCACACUUCCCGUUACGUGCACGGAACCUUGUCUGGAGAACCCUUUUGAGAGAAGGGGUCAUUCUUCUCAAUGUCGAUGAUCUAGAUGCUGUGGCUUCUUACUUUUGA